AUGGCCGCCAAUCUUAGGCUGACAUCACUUCGUAAUACUGUUGACAAUGACACUUCUUUCUUGGAAAGCCCUCUUAAAUGGACCUCACACCAUCUUGAGCAGAUGAAGUGUCGGUUCGAAGAUGUCGAAACUACUCCGGUCUGCACAGAAUCGACCGAAACCGACGAAAACGUCAAUCAUGGUCGGAAAACUCGCUCGAAGCCGAAAAGCAUUGCCGAAGAGUUGGCUACAUGUUUGGUGGCAAAAAAAAGGCUUGAGAUUCUUAUCAAUAUCUUGGUAGGCGAUGAGCCCUAUUUCCUCAAAGCGAGCAUAAUUGCAGGUCGCAAGGAGCAGUUACGGUAUCGCUUAGGGAAAAGUAGAGUCUACAACGAGAUUAAAACGAGGCUCUAUCGCGAGGAAAGAGUUCAGAUAACCCCCCGACACUGGUCUCAAGACCCAUAUUUUAUGUGUCACUUAUUGGCCCUUGCGCAGCGACAAGAGCGCAAGUUCAAUCCGUCGAAACCUACUACCUACACCUCGCGUCUUCUUGUGGACAACGCGUUGGAACGAGAAUACUUAUUUUGUUACGAGGCUGAAAUCACCACCGAGCUUUUGAACAAACUUAGGGGCCCCAAUAACGCAACGCGCGGUAUGGAAUGGCCUACAAUUCGUCGAAAAAGGCUCCUAUACAAGCCAUACAAUACCUUCUCUAGCCGUCUCAUUACCGAGCUUGUGGUUCCCACAAAUUUCGAUUUCUCGUCUCACAGUCCCUCGAAUCUACCAGCAGAUAGCAAGGGCGUCAUUAAUCACGAUAGAAAACGACCACACCAACAAGAAGACAUCGCACCGCAUAAAGCGAGGCGAAUUCGAAUAGAUGAACCAGUACGGAUUAACUGA